AUGGACAAACGUGUUAAACUUUAUGUUCUUGGCAACCAAGUUAGCGAGAAGACAGCUAUAAUUCAAUCGUUGCUAGGCAACCAAGAUAGUGUUAACGUGUUAGCGUCUCCAACAUCCUUUUCUGUGUCGUCAGCAACAAACACUUCAGCAGGGAAUGUCUCUGUAGCCCAGUGGGUGACACAAUUUGCAGGCCUACAUAUUGAAGUCUGGGAUCUACCUGACGGAGAAAUUCAAAGAGAAGUUCUUUUCUCAGCUCUGACACCAGGACUGUUUCUAUUGUUACAUCCAGUUGAUAAACAUGACAGCAUUGAGAUGACUACUCAGUGGUCACAAAUUAACAACUGGUUUCCAGGUAGUUUUGUCAUUAUCACACUCUAUCAAACGUGUCCAUUAGACAACAAAGAAUUGACAAAAGUAUUGGAAGCUACUAAUAACAGCAUCCAUGAUUGGUCUCUUCAGAGGAAAGUGUCUUUCAAAAAGAAUUUAGCUGAAGUCAAAGGUAUAAUCAAAGAAGCAAAAAUAAAAUGCAGAAAUCAAAAUAGGAAAUUUGAAGGGAGAGCAUCCUUGAGUUCAUAUGUUUCCACAUUGAGGCAAGCUAUGAAGAGAACUAUUGUGAUGAACAAACCACCUAUAGUAGUCAAUCUUUUAAAUGGUUUGGGAAUAUCAACACUGAGAGAGAAAGUAAUAUCUUUAGCAUCAAGUGUCGACUUUCCUUCAUGUACUUUUGGAAAUAUUUCUAAGGAAUCUGGGUUGGAUGAUAUCAACAAAGCAUUACUAGAGUUGCUAGAGUCUGGAGAUAUUUUUAUUCCUUGGCAUCUGUUUGACCAGAUGUUGAAUGCAGAUUUACUUCUAGAUGUAAAUGCAAGAAAUCAGCAGGUGAAUAAAGCUAUCAAACAACUAGAAGAUGCAGGCAAAGUUAAAGUCUUUAAUCUGUCAUCAUUUAAGAACUCUGAAAAUUCUAGUUUUACUCAACCCAAUCAAUGUCCACAGUGUGGCAGAUGCAACAACCACCUUUCUUUGUUCAGUGAAAAGCCUAUUACAAAUCCUAUCAGCUUUCACAAAUAUAUUUGCAUAAAUCCUCAGGUCUUAGCUAGCAUGCUAUGCAACUGUUUUGUAUCAAGGGAUAGAAAAACAUUUAGCUUAGAGGCUUCCAAAUUUUGGCCCAAAGAUUCAGGCUUUAAGUCACCUGAUCCAAUAACAUUAGCGAAUAACUUAAACCUGAUACCAACUAAAGGAGUAAUAAGAGAGGCAUUGUUCCCAAUUUUAUGGCAGGAGCAUGAACUUUGUCAGACACAAAUUCAAUACAGUCUUGAUGUUUUAGAAGGUCUGGGUAUCUUGACAUCAACCAAGCCAGAGCCAACAGAAUGUUCUGGUUUAGCAAUGUCAGAAUUUCCACAACUUUCACCAGUUGAAUGCCAUGCAUUAAUCUUUGCUGAUCAGUUGCCUGAUACUAAACCAAAGCUGAGCUGGUCACCCAAACCAUUUUCUGGAGAUGUACAAGUCACAUGGCAACUGGUUGGAAUAACAGAUAUCAGCACCACUAACAUCAAAAGAAUGUUUGGAGUUAUUCAAAGAGAAUUUAAACAUAUUUGUCUUUUCUCUCACUUAUGGAAUAAGGGAGUGCUGCUGAAAUUUAAAAAUAAUUCAGCUACAGUUUGUAUGGAGCAGUCAUCCAAUGGUUUGGAAGUCUCAUGCAGGGUCAGUGGAGAUGAUCCUGGUCAAGAAUCGAUGGUGGUCAUGUCACUGUGGGCUCACUUAGUCCCAGUCAUUAGAGCUGUGGAACAUUUUUGUAACCACUUUCUGCCAGGUUUUCUUUACAAGGUCAAUCUAAUUCUAUUUGGCGAUGUGUUUUACAAUGUCAGUGAACCAAUGCCUGCUGAACCUGUGAUAUCUUAUUUCAAGCUUUUAGUAGCUAAGAGAACAGGCAACCAUUUUAUCAUUACAGAAGGUGGAACAGGAACCAUCAACCUGGAUUUACUUUUUCCUUUCAAUUGUGAAGAGUCUAGGAAAGUUUGGACACCUCAGGAAUGGAACCAAUUCGUGAUGAACAAAUAUGAUGAAAUUCUCAAUACUGUUUCUCCACAAUUACCAGCAACAUCACAUAGACAAAGCUUUAAAGUAUCAUGCAGGAAAUAUAAGCAAAGAAGAAAGAUUGCUGAAGUAAAAUGGAGCCAAAAUCUUGCAGAAGUCAAAUUUGAUUCCUUUAGUGAUUUAACUUUAGCAGAGUAUAUGGACAGUGAAGUGGUCAAAGAAAGUGAGCAUAAAGUAGAGUCCUACAACCCAGAAAAUAAUCCAGGAAAUACAGCUAGAGAAACAAUAACCCAGACCUCUGUGAAGAUGACAAAAUCAGAAUGCACACAAACAGAUGGAUGCCUUGAGUUAUCAGUGUCUGCUUCAGAUGAUUGGUUGAAAGAGGCCACAAGUGUUGCCUCUAAAUUUGUAUCCGCUGCAAUGGCUAGUGGAGUAGCAAAGUACAUCACAACUUAUGGUCUGUGUUCUGGAGGUAUACAAAGAGCUACUUCUGCAGAGAUUGCUGUAGCACAGAUCACAGAAGAAGCUGCUUCCGCUGUUUACAAUAAUGACAUGUACGCAGCAGCAAGGGCCAUUAUAAAAGCUGUACAAACUGUUCACGAGACAGAGACCAGUUCUAACAGGAAUGUCGCAUCCACAAGUAGACUUUGUACACUCCUCUAACAAAAAUAAUGAAUCGGAUUAUCUUUAUUCAACCACCUGGGACUAUAUAGUCUUACUGAGCUACUUAUUUGCAACUAUAUCCUAUGGCCUCCUUCAGAUACAAAGUGACUAUGGAUGUCUUAUAGAAAUGAGAUGUAUGCCUGGGCAUUAGCCAUGGUUCAAACUAUCUCACCCACUUAUGAUAUAAUUAAACAAUAUAUAUAUAAGAAUAAGAUCAGAACCCUCAUUAUGCUUCCUAUUUUCUACUUUCUUCUAGUAUUAGUGAGUUGGGAUUGUUUAUAUGGUUGCUUGACUUCAGAUUUGUAUAAUUUGAUUAAAAUUUUAAAUAUCGUUAAACAUUUUAUUGAAUGAUUUAUUAAAUUCU